CCCGAAGUCGCUGCCCUAGCAUACAUGUCAUGCGUAUACGAUACUAUGCUCAGCGGCAGCACAUCAUCCAGUCUCUCGACACCCUGCUAUACCAGCUGUUCACGCUGUCAUUCUUCCUCUCCCCGCGAGUCUGGCCCCUCAUAUGCCGUUCAGCAACCCAGUUCCAGUUCUCCAGGCCUAGGGACCUCGACCCGAAGCGCUCUUUGCGUUUCUGGUUUUUCCUCAUCUUGCUGUUCAAUGCGGGGAGCAUAUGGUCGCACGCGGCGGAGGGCGCAGCGGUCGGGCGGGCGGCGGUCCUCGACUUCGUCGGCAUGGCACAUGUCCCGAACAAGCUCCAGCUAUUAUCUCUUGACUUCCUCAUCGUACUGCUCCAAAUGGCGCUCACAACGAUCGCGUAUGAAACCUCAUACAUCAUGGCAUCUCCCGAUGAUACCCCAGACCCCCUUCUUCCCUCCAUCGCACCCUCCGCAACAUAUUCUCUGCUCCCAACGGCCGAAGACGCGUCGGAAUGCGCUAGCCCUUUGAGCUCCAGUAUCUUUCCUCCACCCCCGUCCGAUGCUAAUUCAAAACCGCCAGAAUCCGACGAAUCACCGUACAUUAUUGAACUCCGGCUAUCUACCGUCAUAGACCGCAUACGACGUCCCCCGCCUCCCGCGCCGGAGCCGGAGGAUGGCCUCCCAAUGCCGAACGUGACGCCCGCUGGACUGGGACAGUUGCCGGACAGCCUGCAGAGGAUAGUGAGGGCCAGAGCGGCGAGAAUGGCGGCGAGGAGACGAAAUAAUGAGGAGCGGGAGGCCGAGCCGCCAAGUCGUGUUCCAGGUGGGCUGGGCGACGAUGAUGGUGGAUGAACUCGCGGUGUGGGAUAGUGUUCGGACAGCGUGUACAUUAUUGAAGCUAGAAUGGCGGAUGGGUACAAUAUGCAGACUUAGUAGCUUCGUUUCACCACUUCUUCUUCAGCGAUUCCCUCAAGCAGGCGCCGAACUUGGCGAACUCUUC